ACGAGCAGCCCCGAGAGGAACUCCCGCCAUCCUGAACAGCAGCUCCGAGAGGAGCUCCUCCAUCUGAGUGAGCUGAUCACAACUCUCCUUCAAACUGUCCUGCAGACGAGCAGCUCCGAGAGGAGCUCCUCCAUCCUGACGUGGUCUGAUCACACCUCAUCCUCAAACUGUCCUGCAGAACGAGCAGCUCCGAGAGGAGCUCCUCCCCUGAUUGAGUCUGAUCACACCUCAUCCUCAAACUGCCUUGCAGACGAGCAGCCCGAGAAGAAGCUCCCCUAUCCUGACCCCAGACCUCACACAGGAGCAACAGAUGCAACGGACACCGCCCAGACCUGCAGACACCCGCCCAGACACUGCGGAACCGCCCAGACCUGCGACCCCGCCCCAGACCUGCGAGACCCCCCCGACUGCGAGCCCCCACGACUGAGGACCUGCGAGACCCGCCCAACCGUCGAGAGCCCCGCCAGACCUGCGAACCCCGCCCAGACCUGCGAACCCGCCCAGACCUGCGAACACCCGCCCGACUGCGAGACCCCCGCCCAGACCUGCGAGACCCCCGCCCCCAGACCCGCGAGCCCCGCCAACGCAGCAAUUCCCCACUAUUUACCAGGAACCCUUGAAGGGACUCAACCCCUGAAACUAGCCCAGCACCUCAACAAAAGGAGCAAACAGAGCAAACGGGACCAACCCGCGCCCCAGGACCUGCGGAGGGACCCCCCGCCCAAGGACGCUGCGAGACCCCCCGCCCAGACCUGCGAGGACCCCCGCCCAGAACCUGCGGAGACCCCCUUCCCCGAAGGACCCAUCUGCGACUGA